GAUUCCUUUCAAUCUUCUAUUCACUUGCAUCACGAGAAAUAUUGACAAGGUUUUGAAGAACUGCAAGACUGACCAACAUGCACGCUAUCCGUUUCUAGCCUUGAAAAUGACGCGAGUCGAUACCUACAAUCACCUGUGGCUAAAAACACAAGCGGCGAUUAAAGCAAUAUACCAGAGCGCCAGUGAAUAUGACUUUUUCUUCAAGGCAGACGAUGACACGUUCGCUGUACUGCCCAAUAUGCGAAAGCUUUUGGCCACGCAUUCACCCAGGGAACCUGUCAUGUUUGGAAAGUUGAUUUCGGAUUAUUGCCCACCCGGCUUUCUUUCCGGUGGAGCCGGCUACGUGCUAUCCCAUGAAUCAUUAAAACGGAUCGUCGAAAGAGGCAUUGACAAACAUCCAGCAUGCUCAACGAAGGAAUUGGAUAUGGAGGACGUGAGAAUCUGUCGAUGCGCAAGGGCACUCGGAAUCGAUAUGGUUGAACCAAAAGGUCGUUCUCAGCGGCCACUAUUCUUCCAUAUGUUUCCGCAGUGGAUAUACGGGAUCAACGAAAAUUCGCUUCCGUACAAUCCAGACCAAGUCAGUUUUCAUUACAUCCAACCAGCACAACUAUACAUCAUUGAGUUUCUC